UGACUUUUUUUUUUUUUUUUUUAAUCAAGUUCAAAAUGUUUCCACAAAACAUGAUGCCCAAACAGAACAUCUUAUGACCUAUAGCAGAUGUGUUAAUUCAGAUAUUUUUAUAAUAACCAAUGUAAAAUUGCACUCAAAAACCUGCUGUUACAAAGAAGAAGUUUAAAAUCAUCAUCUCUGGGCAACUUGACUUCCUUAUUGUAACUGACAAGUGUUUCCCAAGCCUACCUCCAUCCUGAGCUUCCCCUUGAAAGCAGCAGUAUGAUGUGAUCAGUGAAAAGUUCCGCGCAGAUUUUUCUUUGAUCCAUUUAUGCAGAAACAUACAGGAGACAACAUUUGUUGUCUACGUCAAUAAGAUCUCAUCACCAGGUCUCACCAACGUGCUCAGCCUUCAUGGCCUUCAGUUUUUCACUCCUACCCGAAUAAACAACUUUCCAACCUGACUGCCUCUCAUAUUGUCAAACUGUCAUGUAACAUCAUCAGCUAUACCUUGUAUCAGUAUCACCAUCAGAUUCUACAUGUGUGCUUUAGUUAGAUGGAUGUAUCUAUGACAGAUGUUUGGUUAUCUCGUUUCUCCUGCUGUUCUCUUCUCUCUCUUCUGCGUCUCUGCUGGGCUGGCCUUAGCCAGAUGGGUCCCUCCAUAUGAGCUGGGUUCUGCUCAAGGUUGUUUCCUGUUAAAAGAGUCUUUUCCUUGCCACCGUCUCCUUCAGGCUUGGUCUGGAGGUUUCAGGCCAGAUUGUGUGAAGCAUCAUGAGUCCAUUUGUAUUGUUAUUGAUGCUAUAUAAAUAAAAAAUUGAAAAGAAAAAAUGAAUAUCCUCUGAAUGUUGUUCAUGUGCAUGAAUUACUUAUCUACAUCAUGUUUCUGCCAGGAGAACGUUCUGCAUCAUCCCUCUGUUAUAUUCACAUACACAGUGCACUGAUGUAUAUUAAGCAAUGCCAGCUGUGGUUAGGACGCUGCUGUCUGUAUUAUUCACUGAGGAAUACCAAUGACAGUACGGCACACUGUUCAUUCAUUUAGCCUAAUUUAGUCUGCGAGGCUGUUGGCUAGAGUUACCUAUGUGAAAGUGACACCUGCAGGGCCUGGUCAUGUGACCAUGUGUGACACAGAUACAGGUUCUGGAGAAGUCCUUUGCUAAAGCCUUGCCAGAAUCCUUGUUCAUCACAGAAAUGCCUUGAGUCGACACCACUGUGGAUCAGUUUGAACCGUUUUGCAGUGAAUUUCCUCGAUUCUGUUUUUCCUUAAAGGAGAAUGCUCACGCUUUCACUGCUACCAUCUACUUACGGUGGACGCUGUUUGACUUAGUGUGAUCAUGACUGUGAGGCACCUUUCGGUGGAUUACGACAAGGUGAACGAGCGAGGCUGCUUUUCUCCCGGGGACAUCCUUUCUGGAAAAGUGACGGUGGUGACCAGCAAGGAGACCAAAGUGCAGAGUUUUUUGGUCAGAGCCAAAGGGAAAGCCAAGGUAACUUGGCACGAACAGGAAGGACAAACCACCGUGGUCCAUAGCAACAAGAAGAAAUACUUUUAUUUUGAACACAUUAUCCUUCAGGACAAGAAAAAAGGAGAUGGUUCAGAAAUCAUCGGCCCUGGGAGAAACGUGUAUCCAUUCAGCUUUGUGAUUCCAAAUGUAGACAUGCCUUCAUCUUUUGAGGGGAAAUGGGGCAAGAUCACGUACAGUUUGCGAGCGCACCUGACUCAGUCUAUCUGGCUCGUACACAAAACCAAGACCGAGUUCCCUUUUUUGACCAAGUCUGAGUUCCCCUUUGCCUCCAAAUCUGAAAUGAUAAUCAUUGGACUUAAGGAGCAACAAUAUGCGACAAGGAUUUCUUUUUAUGGAUCUGGAACCGUGACUAUGAAUGUUGCCUCGGAGAAAAUGGGAAUAAAGCAAGGUGAAGCAGUGGGAGUCUCUGUGGAGGUACUCAAUAACUCAACGCGUACCGUAACACCCAAAUUCUACUUGUGCGAGAAGCAGACCUUCGUCGCCGAGUCGAAGCGGAGGGUGCACGCGAAUGACAUGUUCUUCGGGACAGGAGACUCCGUUCCAGCUCAGAGCAGUCGGACGACGACCAAGGUUAUCAGCAUCCCUCCCCAGCUCCCGCCUACCUUCUUCAACUGCUGCAUGAUGAAGCUCGAGUACAGACUCAAGGUCGCUCUCGACGUCCCCCUGUUAACAGAGCCGGUAAUCAAGCUGCCUCUCGUCAUCCUGCUGGGCGCGCCAAAACCACAUCAACACAAACCGAAGAGAUCCAUCUGGUUUAGAAAGCUUCCAGGUUGAGAUCCAGUCAGAAGUCGUGUCGCAUGCGUGUUGUUCGUCAAGGAGUGACAGCGCUCAAAGUAACCACACGUGUCUGCUCGGCGCAGCUGUACUGGAUAAGCGGAUGUUUUUGGGGGAAGUCCAAACUACCCCGAUUGCCUUUGCCUGUCCGCAAUACGUGUGUCGCGUCAGUAGGGCCGUUCGCAGUGUGCCUCAAGUUAGGCGUUCUUUCCCAAAAUCCAUGUCAGAGAGUUGUUUCAGCCCCGUUCCAAAUUGUUAAAAUUGAAGCAGACAUUGCUGAGAAAAUCCUGAAAUGCCAGUCAGAUUACAAACAGCUUUUGGAUUAUGUGUCUGGAAAAAAAACAAAAAAAAAACAUGGAAUAACAAAUACACUAUGUGUUGCAAAAACUCUUGUAAGAAAAAUACACUGUUACCAGAAUACACCUCACCUGUAAAGUUCAGUCAAAGACCAUACGUAUAAUCAGCAUAGUGGGACACUGUGACUGACGUACUAGCAUCGAUUAAAGUCAUAAUACUACUAAUACUACUAAUAAUACUGUUGUAGCUGGUUUAGUUGGAGCUUUAAGUGGUUUACAUGCUGCUCUGCUGCACAACGUGACAAAACUAAUCAAAAGGGUCAUGAGAGGAUAGGUAAGGAAAAAAGGUUCCGCAAAAGGUUUCAAAUGUUGUUUUUUUUGAAAAUUUUGCAGAAUUUCAGAACCAGAAAGACAGAUACAGAUACCUAACUGGACCCAUGCUUGAAGGGUAUCUGUCCCUGUUACCACCAGCAGCUCGUACGUCACUGGUUACCUUUUGUUUUUUAAGUUUGUUUCUGUACCCAUCAAAAGCGAGGCACAUGCUUCC